AUGGCUUCAAGUACCAAGAGAGCUCAGCUCACCAAAGAGGAGAGAACUUGCAAACUGACCCCUCUAAAGGAAGCAGGCUGGACUUUGGUUGAGGGCAGAGAUGCUAUUUACAAAGAAUUCAUUUUCACAGAUUUUAAUCAGGCAUUUGGUUUCAUGACACGUGUGGCUCUGAAAGCAGACAAGAUGGAUCACCACCCGGAGUGGUUCAAUGUGUACAAUAAGGUUCAGAUAACUCUGAGCACACAUGAUGUUGGGGGGCUGUCACACGAUGAUGUCACACUUGCCAAUUUUAUUGAGAGUGCAGCCAAAUGA